CCUAGACUGGUGACCAGUCCUGUUAAACCUAUGAGGCAAGCCGUCGAUAGACGUCAAUCAUCUGCUACCAUCUGCAUCAAUACUUCAACCGUCACCAGGAAGCUAUGAAUGUCACAGCGCUCUUCCCUCCUCUUCUGGUAUGAAACAUCCCUCAGCUUCUCCUCCACCUCUUUCCGCCGAGAAACGCUGUGACCAAUGGGCUGGGUUCAAUGACUACAUGAAGCGGUGUUCUGAUUAUAUACAUUGAGAAGAACGCAUUGAUAAUGCUAGGGGCAAUAAUUCCGUGUAGCGAAACCUGUUCUGUGACAUGUUGAUGUUCCUUGUCUAUGCAUUCGCUGCUACGGAUUUGGAAGCAAGUAUCAUCCCACUUACCAGUCGGCCGCCGGGCGGAAGAGUUCACAAAUAAUCUCAAUGACGAGGAGCUCGAAUAUUGGAAAGAUGCAAUGCUGGCAGGUGUGAAAGAGGGUGAAUGGGCACCCUCAUUGCACAAUGUGUAUUCCAUAUCCAAUCAUGGUCGGACCCCUUUUGAUGAUAGCGAACAGGUCAAAUUUGAGCAGACUGAUCAAUGCCCACAGUUACGUUUGCCCCAAUUCCGAAUGUCAUGGCUCCCAUUCGCCGACAUCAAGCACGCGGACGGGGAAACCGUCACUGUCGCGGACUCUCAUUUCAUCAUCCGCCACUGGUCGAGAACGAGCUUCUCACAGAUCCGCCGGACGCAGUCGCCGGCUCGAUGCCUGUUCAAAAGGCAUGACAAAAACUCUGCAGUGACUGCCGAAGAGACUCGGGGGCAUGUCCUGGCCCGCACGUCCAAAUUUUUGGGAGGAAGGCGAUUUGGAACGCUGGGAUGGGGCGUCCUCAUGAAGAAGUACAAUCUUUGCAAAAAGAGGCUUUCGAGGCUCUCACAGCAAGGAUGUCAAGUCACUUGUGGCAGUGAGCAGCUGACUCGCAUUGACCAUCUAUGGUUUCCUCGUCAAUACGCUCGAAAAGAAUGGGGGUCCUAUAUGGUGCUUAGGAGUUCUACCCUCCUGGCGUUCACAAAGAGAAUGACGAACUUACUCUUCCCUCCUUCUACGUCGCAUGGAAGAAGCCGAAGUUCUGAAGCAGCAGGUUGA